UUCAUCUGAGUUUCACUGUCUGAAGUGUAUUAAGAAAUCAGAGAACACCAACCAUGUCUGGAAGAGGUAAGGGCGGUAAGGGUCUGGGGAAAGGCGGAGCGAAGCGUCACCGUAAGGUUCUGAGGGAUAACAUCCAGGGAAUUACGAAGCCGGCGAUUCGUCGUCUCGCGAGGCGUGGCGGAGUUAAGCGAAUCAGCGGUCUAAUCUACGAGGAGACCCGAGGGGUGCUCAAGAUUUUCCUCGAGAACGUGAUUCGCGAUGCUGUUACCUAUACUGAGCAUGCUCGUCGGAAGACCGUCACCGCUAUGGACGUUGUGUAUGCUUUGAAGAGGCAGGGCAGGACCCUCUACGGUUUCGGAGGCUAGAUAAUUAGAGAUUUUUUUAGGGUUUUCUGGAUUAUGGUCUUUUAUGUUCUGGAAUGUGUUGAUAUAGUGUAAUUGCUGUUGAAUGUUUAGCUUUAGUAACCUCUCUAUUUCAGAUACGGGAGAUCCGAUGUGCCUCUUUGAUCUAUCGUUAGACGAUUUCUUGGUGAACAUAAACGUCGGGAGUUGAUUUUAUUUUGAUUUCAAUCUAAUAUAUAUUAAGGACACUUUCGCUUCUACAA